AUGGUGAGCUCCGACAGACUCCAGAUCACCCUAACUGGAGGGGCCCCCUGGGGCUUUCGUUUAUCUGGCGGUGGGGGGAUGCCCCUGAUUAUCAACAAGAUUCGCAAGAAAAGCCAGGCGCACGUGCAGGGUCUGAAGGAAGGAGACGCUGUGAUCUCCAUCAACGGCGUGCACGUCCAUGACAAAACCCAGGACGAGGCCUUAGAGCUGGUCGAGGCUGCCGGCGACACCCUGGUGCUGGAGAUUUUCAGAGGAGACAAAAGCGACAGAGAUCAAGGCAAGCCUCAGAAGCUGAUACAAGUACAAACUUCUCACCGUGCUCCAACGGGAACCAUUCGUCUCUUGACCACAAGCGACGACGGCGUUUCCCCUGGAGAAGUUGUCCUGAUACCUUCCGGGGACAGCGUGACGUCAGAAUCUCUUGGCACAGCUGACGUCAGACCAGGACUCACUGUCUCCAGGGUGGUUGCUUUUUCAUCGCCUGGUCGCGUGCUGGCCGUCUCCAGUAGCAACGUGACGUCCACGUCGAAAACCACUGUCGUAGGGCGGUCUCCUGUGAUCUCUUCUGACGCUAGACCACGGGAUACUCAUUCUGCUACAUCUGCCCCUAAUGUUUCAGCUAAACCGUUUUAUGUCACCCAGGCCGGAUCGGAAAGCCCUCCUUACUUUCACCCCAGCCAGCCCCAACCAGUUCGACAGCCUCCUCCUGGCGGUCCUCGCCCUCAGACUAGUAUUGCUGUUUCUCAGUCCUACAGUACGUCUCACCCACCACGCUUUAGCUCCCAGCCGCCUCGAGCUCCACCACCUCCACCAGUAAGCCCCAAGCCUCAAAGAUUUCUCAGUCCUCAGCCUCCUAGUUUUGGAGCUAGUCCUCAGCCUCCUAGUUUUGGGGCUACACCAUCAGGUGUGACCCCAACAGCGGCGUCUUCAACUUUCGACCGCGGCCAAACACAUCGAGAGCUCACCCGUGAGCAACAUGUUCAGCGAAGCGCAGAUGGCAGUAGCACCACUGUGGUUCAACGAGAAGUGACCACAACUUCUGGACGUCCUUCAUUUGUCAAAGGCCAAACAUCUGCAUUCAAUGCAGUCCAGCCACAUGAAGUCAUCAAACCAGCGCAGAAGUCCAUCAAAACCACAACCACCACAGUGAAAUCCACAAGCAUCAUCACUCAGAAAGGUCCCACUCCGUUCGCCAGCUCGAUCCCAUCGAACAUCUUACAGCAACAGUACCAAGCACCAACAGCCCCUAGUUACAGUACGGAUACUCAGCACAACAGAACGGAGACGCAGUUGUUCAAACCUACAAAAUUCGUGCCGAGUUCUAUCAAGAAGGAUGUCACAGGUCUCUUCAGUGCUCCCUCGCCAUUGGCUGAUCACAAUGUUCAGGAUAGGUUCAGGGAGGGCAAAGAGAACGUGUCUCCUCAGCCCAUGUUUCAGGUUAAGAAUAUUGUCUCAGACAAGGCCAAGAGCACGGCCCCGGAAGUCUGGCGCCCCAACAUGUGGUUACCCGGCCAGCAGCCGCCCUCUCCACGCGACCAGCCACAAACAGCGCCCCCGAGAGAGGACCUCCCUCCUUCAAAACCUGGCUACUCCUUCAUUGAAGAACAGAAGAGGAAACUGUUGGCAUCGCAGGCUCCCAAACACGAGUACCAGGACGUCUACGGACAGGAGAGCCAGGAGGUCCACGAGGACCCACACAAACACAGACUGCACAUAUUUGCCCCUCCCGUGGAGAUCCACCCCGACGAGGGAUCCCCGCACCCAGCCUACGACGAUCACUACUACAUGGAUGAUUAUGAGGAUGGAGCUUCCAGUCCAGACUCCAUCGGAAGCAGACGAAAGAAAAACUUGUACUCGGACUCAGCCUUCUACAACACGCCCGGCAAAGCCUACCCAACUAUCACCGAGCAGAUGAAGCUGUGCAAGAAGAUCGCCCAGUCCUUGACCUCUGCUGCAAACAAACGAGCCCGAGGCGCUAAGAUGUUCAUGAAAAGAAAGCGGAAGUCCAGCAAAUGGAUUCACGAAGGUCACAGCGAACUGUCUUCUUCAGCGGGUGACGUGGCCAACCUUCAUGAACUGGACAGCGAGUUGAACCCAGACGAAGGCGGGAACUUCUACUUCAAGAUCCCCAGCAUCAAACAGCGGGUGGGAAACGAAGCUAAAAGUACCAAGAUGUCGCUGACUCAGGAGCAGUUCGAGCAACUGAGACUGAGUUCCAAGAAAUGUGACCACAAGUCGCUGCCCCCAGACCCCUGCUUUGAUAUUGUGGCAGAUCUGAAAGCUCACAAAGGAAAGGGUGGUCGCAUGUUCGAAAGACGGAGGCAAAGGUCAGACAAGUUUGUGUACGACGAAACUAAUGCCAAAUUCCCGCUGCCCCAUGGGAAACCUGACGACGCGUCGCAAGGUGAAGAUCAUCAUCUGAACCCAAGAGAGGUAGCUCUGAAGCAUGGCUGGAAGGGAGACCCAGGAGCCGUGCAGAAUGCCCAAACACCAGCUGUGCCUUUAGUUCACUACUCUCUUAAAUCAGACGAUUCGCCAAUGAUGAUCAAGGGGACAAACUUCAAUCGGAUUGCUAAGGGAUGGUCUGGGGGAAUAGAGUAUCCAGUGGCGGAGCAGCUUCAUCACAUUUCUCCUGUCCGACAACUGGCUCCGCAGCCAAACACCCCAUCAACCCAGCCGCAGCAGCGGCGUUUACAGCAGCAGCAGACGCAGCAGCAGCAACAACAACAGCAACAGCAAGACAACUACAACAAAGUAAAGGCGUGGCAAAGCAACACAGAGUCUUUCUCUGCCGCCGAUCGCUUCCAAGAUUGGCAGCGACAUCAACCGGAAAACAGGUGGCAGGACUCCCAACAGCAAAGAAGGCAAGAGGACUCCAGGACAGCUGCCUGGCAGGAGCAGAGACCCAGCCAGCAACAGACUGCCAGACCCAAGAGUUGGCACCAGGAGAGCUAUGACACACAGCAGGCCAGGGAAGAACAUGAUUACCAUUAUCCCACUGUGGAUUACAGAUUCGGGGCUGGCCAUUAUCCCUCGGUGGCAUACAAGCAGCCGAUUAUUCCCGGAACAGAUUUGUGA